AUGGUAUGGCUGGACUACCUCCGCCAUCAUCAUCCUGGCUAUCGAUGCAUCGUCAUAGACAAAGAGCGACUGAGCCAACUGCCUGAGGACGGCAAUGUGCUGGAUGCCAUCCCCCAAAGCCAGGUGGAGGCUGCCGAUGUUGGAGCGGAGGAAGACCAGGAGGCAGAGCCUGACUUGGAGGACGCCGCUGCGGUGCCGGACCUGUUGGCUAAGGAUACGGAGCAUGAUGCCCUACGGUCCAUUCUCGCUCCCCAGGGCAGGCGCAGCACGAGCUCCAGCUUCCCAACAUACGGCACACGCCGAUCUCAUGCCCUACUCUCCCUGGCAUUCCCCUGCCUGUUUCCAGACGGCAGAGCCGACUUUGUGGAGCCUCGCCUGCGGUCGAUUGAGUACAAGAAGUACAUCGAGCACGCGAUGCGGUGGCACGACGGCCGUUUUGCGCGCCAUCCGACCUUCCGUUUUGUCGCAUUCAACACCUUGAUGCGGCCCCAAGCACGUGCGCGGUCCAAAUUCUUCGUGAAGCAACAGGAUGGCAGCCGUGAACCGCUCACGCGAGAGCAGCUUAUUGAGGCACUCGAACACAGCGAGGAUCCCGAGGCGCAGGCGCUGAUCAACUCAAUCACAAGAAAGAGGCAGAACCUUGAGGCAUAUACGCACGAUCUUGGUUGUCCCGGUGCAUUCAUCACAUUUAGCCCGGCUGAUUUACACUGGCGGAGCCUCUACCAACACAUGCCCCGAUAUGAAACGGCAAGACCGGUCUCGCCCGGCGGCGCGAGAAUGCCCAUGCCCGGCUCACCGGGACUGGAUAAGCCUAGGUUCAGAUCCGCUCUGUCCAGGGAUGCUGCGGGCCAACGGUCAGAUCAGGCUGCGGAAGACGGGUCUCGAGGUGACGUGGAGAUGGAAGACGGCCGAAUAGUCAGAGUGGAGAUUGAAAAGCUUCAGCGUUUGCUGAAGAAAGCACGGCGGGAGAAAGAGGAAGCAAAGGCGCGAGAAGAGGAAGCAAAGAAGACCACGCUGGAGGAAUAUUUAUACAACUGCCAUUUCCACCUCUAUACGAAACUCGGGUUCGCCGACAAGUCCAAGUCUUCGACGGGACUCGCUACGCGAGUCGACAACAAAUACUAUCCUAAGUGGCUACGUCCUUGGAACACCUUCGCCAGCUACCAGCGACACCAACAUUUUGACGAGAUCAGGAGGGUCUGCGGAGCUACUGUCUCUUACGAUCCGGCUGGUAAUGAGAACGCCGUCGAGUACUUCGAGAAGAUCGCAGUUGAAGUUCCCGUGCGGGAAAUCCUGGCGCCCGUCUGGGAUCAGGAGGGCUCACAUGGGGAGCACCGGAUUACGAUGUUACGAUUCAGUCACAACGUCCGCGACUUCACGCAACCGAGCGAUAGUCGGAUUGGAGAUGAUCACCCAAACGAGGAAAGGCAGGAGCGACGACGGCCGGCCGGGACCACCAUGCGAAUCGCAUCCACAAGAGAAUUUCAGCCGCCACCAGCAGCUCACAAGUUUGCGGCGGCGUACCUCAAGGCCACACUUGCGAAAGAGAAACUGUUUUCGGAGGUCAUCGCAAGGUACAACAGCAAUAAAUACAAAAGCAAUGCCAAGCUGCAGGAGCAAGAGAGGGAGGAAACCCGGAUUGCCAUGGCGCUAACUCAAGUCUUCGACUAUAUGGUUUGGCAAUACUGCACACAGGCCUGCUUGUUGAGCCUCAAGAGAGGCUGGGAUCUCGACGCCAAUUGCCCCAAUGUGCCCUCGCAUCGCACCGCCGAAGGCGGUAUCCGACACCCCAUCGACGCCGGCGAGUUCACCCGCCUAGUGGGCGAGCGGCUGCGCCGGAAUCCUUAUCGAAACUGCAAGGCGCUGGACGGCCAAGGCAAGGUUGGGGCGACAGGGGUGCUCUUCAAGUUAGAGCUGGCGCCGUAUGGCUACACAUUCGUGGGCAAGGGAACGCUGUCGGAUCAUCUAUACCGCCUGGAGCACGAGAGCCGUAUCUACGCGCAUCUCGACAAGCUCCAGGGCGAGGUGGUGCCGGUCCACUUUGACAUCGUCCGACUGGCUAGGGUUACGUCCUCCUGGCGGGGCAAGGGUCGUUCACAUGAUGCUAAUGUCGUGGGGCGGCGAAGUGGCCGUGGAGGUGGGGUGCCGGACUUAGCGGCUGAGGUGAGGCGUUCUUCGCAGGCCGUCUGGGCCGAGGGUGUCGACCACGGUGACGAGCGCGAACCCAAUCUGCUCUGGAACGACGAGCGCCGCCGCGUCAUGCUCGUCGACUUCGACCGCGCCAACCUUCUCCCAGCUCCCAAACACAAGCAGCUUUUCCAUUUAUCCCGGGAUAAGAGGAAGCGGCAGAGAGACGGGUUUGGAGCUCGUAGCAGGAAACGUGGCUUGCUACGAGAUCAUUUGCAAGUGGUGGAAUAG